CGGAGGAGGAGGAGAGGAGGAGGAGAGAAGGAGGAGGAGAAGAAGAAGAAGAAGAAGAAGGAGAGAGAGAUGCCCGCUGGACGGAUGGAUUUUAUUUCCCCCGAGCUGCACGCGCCUCUGUGAGACAACAUGGGCUGCAUCGGAUCCCGGACCAUCACGGUGGAUGCUGUGCCGGUGCAGAAAGAUGGGGAUCAGUCGUCCAUGGAGGACACCUCUUCCAUUCUGCCCCGCCUCAAGAGGAAGCCCCCCCAGACCUAUGGGAUUGGUGCCCUGGCUAAGUCCUCUCUGACAGGUGUGUCAGGUGUGUCCCGCUCCAUGAAGGACAAAGUGACCAAGCCCACCGCCAUGGCCCAGGGCCGCGUCGCCCACAUGAUCGAGUGGCAGAGCUGGGGCAAACCGACGGCGGGGCCGCUGGGGAGCGCGGGACACACCAACCUGCAGCGGGAAAAGGAGAGGAGGAUGGAGAACGACGCCUACAGCGACCUGAGCGACGGCGAGAAGGAGGCGCGUUUUGCUGCAGGCAUCAUGCAGCAGUUCGCCAUCUCCGAGGCCACUCUGUUCGGGUGGAACUCGAUGGACGGGGAGAGCAUGGGGGCCGGAUCCAACCAGGGCAGCGUGGCUCACCUCAGCGAGGUCAACCAGGAGAGCAUCACCAGCAGAGACCAGGUGCUCCACCACUCCUCGGGGGACGUCUGGCCUCACACCUACGUCUCGCAGGGCCUGUACUGCCUGUCGUCCUCUGACGCCUGGGACCCCAUCACCAGCCAGCCCUCGGGCGUGGGCUCGGGCGUUGCCUCGCCCGCCGCCAGCUCCUACAUCAUGGCCGCCGGUGGCAGCGGGGCGCCGGGUACGCCCGGCGAGGUGUUUGAGGGGACGGUGGGCGGCUACCUUCAGCAGCACCACCCCCAUUUAACGCUGCAGCAGCAGAGCCAGUUCCACCAGCUCCAACAUCUCCACCAGUACCAGCAGCAGCUGAUUCAGUUCCAGCAGCAGCAGCAGUCUCUGGAGCACCGGCUACAUAGCGCCUCCCACUCCCUCCAAGCCACCCCCAACAGCACCAUCCACAGCCUCGGCCCUCCCACCCACCCGCGGCUAGCUGACCUGUGGGGAGCGGCGCAGGUCGAGGCACAUCACGUGGACGUUGUCGGGCAGAUGAAUGGGCAGGUGGUUGACAUGGCGGCAGGACUGGUAGAAACCUUGGGAGAGGAGCCGGAGCUCGAGCUCGACGACACCCCUGAUCGGCACGAAGAGGAAGAGGAGGAGCUGACGAAGGUGGACGAGGUAACACUGACCCUGGAGCCGGAGCCCUGCUCUUUGGCCCCGUCCCCGCUGAGGGAGGAGGUGACCUCGACCAGAAGCUCCAGUCCGGGCUCGCCGGCGGCCGGGAGGACGCCCUUCAAGGUCACGCCCUGCCUGGUCCACGACUAGGGCGGAGGAGGCCUCAGUCAUUGAAGAACUGGAUCAUUUGGCCCGACAAGAAAACUGGAAAUAAAUACUAAUCAAGCUAUUCUGCCCCCCCUUCCUUCCCCCCGGCUAUACACCCACUUUCGAGUCAGAGGAGACUUUUUGAGGGGAAAACGUGGGAUGUAACGUACAAACUAAAACGCCAAGAAGCCCCCCCCCUCCAUCCCCUCCGGAAGGCGUGGAAUCGUCAACAUUAAAACAAAAGAAGAAGGGACGAGAAGAGGAAUUAAGGGGCCUUGUUACAUCCUGCAGGAUCAUAAACGUUACUUGUUUGAUUUGCUCAGUAAUGUACUUUUUGCUUUGAUUGACAGCUUGUCUGAGCCCUAGUUGAUUCAAAUGAGAUGAUUUGCGAGCACUUGAUCUGAACACAACCAAAUGAGAGUGCAUGCUUUUAAACAGCGACCUAGCCCAUCAGUAUAAUUCAGUAUCCAAAGUCAUAAUAUAUCAAAUUGCUUUUUAUAAUAAAAUAAAAAAGCCAAUAAACCGAUAUGUAUCUGUAUGAAUGUAAGACUGUAUGUAUGUAUGAAUGUAGCUUUGUUUGUGUGUUAAAUAUAUAUAUUCUGGGAAAACAGA